AUGCACCGACUUUCCGCAUCACUCCCUCGCCUCAGGGCGCUUGCACAGGCCCCGAGGCCCAGCCUGCCGUCACUGGCGAUCAAAUCGAGGCUAGUCUCAAACACGGCCAGGCCAGCCACAGGCAGCAGCACAAAGCAUCACCGCACCUACGCGACCACAUCAGCUCCCAAGGAGUCCGAGGGCCCCAGCGCCGAGUCGGGCGGCUCUCGCUCCAAGGACGCCGCUGCCGCCAACAGCAACAAUAGCGACAGCACCGCUGACCCCGCGACGGCAGGCAUCGACACGCUGGCGGAGCGGUCGGCCAAGGGCCAGACGGGCGGUGGCGACCCGCUUGAGAGCACGUCGGAGAACGCGCCGCCCAAGCCCAAGAUCUCCAACGCGAGCGUGCCCGGCAACUCGGGCAUGGACACCCUGACGGAGGAGCAGAGGCGCGAGGUCGAGCAGCACAACCGCGAUUUCGAGAAGAGACACGACCGCGCCACGCCGGCCGAGAAGGACAAGGUCAACAAGGAGUUCUGGAGCGGCGGCGGGACUAGGGAGGAGCCGGGGACAAAGUAG